UGUUCCAAUGACGGAGAGAUAAUAUCCCUUGAACAUGAUACCAACAUUAAGUAGGUAUAAUACGAUAUGCGCUCACCAGAACAGCUAGGGUUGGUAAACUUGAACACCACACGAUAAUAUUUUCCUUCGCUUCAUUCAAACAAAAUGUCAGAAAAAAUAAUUAUUUCGGUAAACGAAGGACAAAUUCGAGGGUUCAAGAGUACGAGUUUUUACUCCGGGGUUGAAUAUUAUUCGUUUUUGGGAGUACCUUAUGGACAAUCGACCGCUGGAAAUGCUCGAUUCAAGGACCCUGUCGAAGUUCAACCCUGGAACGAUAUCUUUGAUGCCACGACAGAGAAAUCCGGUUGUUUACAAUUCUCGCUAAAGAAGAAACGAGUCACUGGUUCAGAGGACUGCUUGUAUAACAACAUCUAUACAUCUCAAAUACCUGCGAAAGGAUCUCCUUUAAAAGCAGUGAUAGUGAACCUUCAUGCGGGAGGACUUUUCCACGGUUCUCCAGAUCCUCAUUAUUAUGGAUCAGCAGAAUAUGUAAUUCAUCGAGAUAUUGUAUACGUCAGCGUUGGGUUCAGACUUCACAUACUUGGCCAUUUAAAUCUGGGUUUGGAAAAAUGUUCGGGUAACCAAUCACUAAAAGAUAUCACAUUAAGUCUAAAAUGGAUAAAAGCUAACAUCAGCGCAUUCGGUGGAGAUCCCAACAAUGUGACUAUACUUGGAAACAGUGGAGGAGCUGCGAUAUUACAUUAUUUAAUGUUAUCACCGCCAGCUAAAGGUUUAUACCAUAAAGUAGUCGUCAUGAGUGGAUAUGCUUUUAACCCAGCUCUUAUCACGCCAACUGAACACAUCUCAAUAGCCCAUAAAAUCGCACUCGAUUUAGGCUAUCAAGGAAAAAUAGAAGACAAAGAAAGCCUGUUAAAAUUUUACAGAGAAUUACCGAUGGAGAAACUAUUUGAUCUGAGACCGGAACAAUUUUAUAAAAAUAAAAGUCUCGUAAUAUAUCCAUUUUCUCCAUUUCUACCAACUUACGAACCAGGAGAAAAUUCAACAAUGCCUUUAAGACCAGAUAAGCUCAUCCCAUCAAUCAAUCGAGUACCGGUAUUGUUUGGAUGCUGCGAAAGAGAGGGAGUCAUGGGUUUGAUUCGACCAAUGAAAGAAUCAUUUAAAAACUUCUUCACCACGGCGCUUCGUCAAAAUGCCAUCGGAUGGGGCAAAGAUUUGACUAAUGACGAAAUCGACAUCAUUAACGAUCUGAUAAGAUCAUUUUAUGCAAAUGGAGAUUCAGUGCAAACAGCCCCACUACCUAUAAAAUGCGAUAUUUUGAGCGAUAUUUCCUACUCGGAUGUUUAUGAUUCGUUGCUGAACGUUAUAUCAGCGGAGCUGCCUUCAUCGGUAUUUAUUUAUAAAUUUCAAUAUGAUGGAAAUUUAUGCGUGAUGAAGGCUAAAAUCCAGCCAAAUUUGGACGAACCUCUGCAAGGAUCCUUCCACGGGGCCGAUUACAGUUACUGGUGUAAUAUUGAAGAAUUUGUAACCAGAGACAUCAGUGCAAUAUCGACAAAAGAUAAAGAAAUGAUAGAAAUGAUGACUAAUCUCAUCACUACAUUCGCAAAAACAGGAAAUCCAAACUACGAAGGAAUACCAGUACAAUGGAAACCAUCAACUGCGGAUGAUCCGUGCCAUUUAAUUAUAAACGAUACAUUAGAAUUAAAGAAUGAAUUACUGAAUGGCAAACGGAUGGAAUUCUGGCACAAUAUAAAAAAACAUUUCAAAGAAGAAUAGAUUCGACAUAAAAUUACUGUACUUUCAUCAUACAAAAUAAACUUGUACAUAUUAUAA